AUGGCGGCGGCGGGCGGGGGCGGCGCCGCGGUGUCGGUGUUGGCGCCCAGCGGGCGGCGGGUCACGGUGCGGGUGGGGCCCGGUACGGUCCUACUCCAGGUCCUCGAGGAGGUCUGCAGGAAGCAGGGUGGCAGCCCUGGCGAGUACGGCCUGAAGUUUCAGAGGAAUGUUUUGGACCUAUCUUUGCAGUGGAGAUUCGCUAGGCUGCCCAACAAUGCCAAACUGGAGAUGGUGCCAGUUUCCAACAGAGCAGGAGCUGGAACCGCGGUUCGGAUAGCAUUACAACUAGACGAUGGCUCUCGUUUGCAAGACACCUUCCUCUGCCAACAGACCUUGUGGGAACUUCUCAACCAUUUUGCAAAGAUCAGGGAACUGAUGGAACAGCACGGUGAAUUGUCUCCGGUCUGUAUUUACAUGCGAGAUGAGAUAUCAGGAAAAGAUGCCCUGGAGAAGACAACACUGAAAUCGCUUGGCCUGAUUGGAGGCAAUGCCAUCCUCAGAGUUGUCAUGAAGAAAUGCAGUUCAUCUGGUGGGGCAGAAGUUGUGGGUGCCACGGUGCCUUGUAAUGAGCCAACAGUGAGGCGAGGCUCUAUGGAAGAAGCAGCGGAUGUGCCUCUACCUCAAGCAAACACAUUUCCAAAGGACUUGGAGCACAGGGAUGUGGCUAUAUCUUUAAACAGCAGCACACACAAGCAAGACUUGAUUAAAGAUUCUCAUGCUAGCUUGGAGGAGCUAUGGCAUUCUCCAGAGCCUGAACCUACCCCAUUUGUCCCUUUUUUUGGAGAUGGAGAGCAUCUGGGGGACUCUCCUGUAGCUGUACCAUCUUCAAAGCUGCCAACAACUUUUUCCAGCCCUGGAGGCCCUUCUAAGCCAAAGAAGUCUAAGAACAGCCAAGAACUGCAAAAGGAGCAAGAACAGCUUGUAGAACGUGAGCCCCUUAUAUGUCACCUAGACCUACUGGAACAAUUUUCUGAUGGCCCAGAAGAGCUUCCUGAUGAAUUUUUUGAAGUCACAGUGGACGAUGUACGGAAACGUUUGGCACAGCUGCAGAAUGAGAGAAAACGUCUGGAAGAAGCUCCAUUGAUGACAAAGUCUUUGAAGGAGUCCCAGCUGAAGGAGAAGUUGGAGCGUUACCCAAAGGUGGUGUUGAGAGUUCGUUUUCCAGACCGCCAUGUUCUACAAGGGUUCUUCCAUCCCACUGAAACUGUUGGCAUUUUGAGAAACUUUGUAAGAAGCCACCUUGCCGAUGCAGAGCUGCCAUUUUACUUGUUUGUUGCACCUCCCAGAAUCGUCUUGAACGAUGAAAGUCUGACGCUGUUUGAGGCUAAACUUUUUCCAGCUGCUGUCAUUCAUUUUGGAUCAGAGGAGUGCAGGGCUUGUUACCUGAAAUCAGACCUGCUGAGCUCUGCAGUUUCUCCUUCUGCAGCUGAUUUAUUAGUAGCCAGAUCACUAGUUCCUUCUGCUUCAUCAACUUUAGCAUCAGUGGCUCCAUCCCUGUCUGAACCAGAAGUGGGAAGUGAAAAAAAGACCACUGAGCAGCCAGAAGCAGCCAGCACUCAGGGAGCUCCGCAAGUGUUUAGAAAGGCCCCUGGGAAAAUACCCAAAUGGCUGAAGCUUCCAGGUGGAAAGAGAUGAAGCAUCCUGGGCUGCUGGAUCACUGAGCUGUCAGCUGUGCCCUUUCCUCUACAAACUUAAUAAGAAUGUGCAAAAUGUCUUGGUGGCCCUGGAGAGAUCUAAUCUGUAUGAACAUUAGUUAUAAAAAGAGAGUGGCUAUUUGAGAUACCAGUUGCACCUGGUGGUACCUGUUUGUGGUCUGUGUAACUAGAGAAGCAAGGUUAGAGGUUAAAUUUAAGGUUUCUUGCAUGCAAAUAUAAGAGUAGAGAAUUAAGGGGGGCAUGAUAUCUAUAUACUUUCUGCAAAGGACCUUGUUUCUAUCCAUAUUUUUAAAUUCAAAUCCUCUCACUUCCACCUUCAGAGAUCACUUGAGUCUAGCUGCCUGUUUAUCUGUUCAGCUGCUUGAUUGUCUAGCAGCAAGAUACAAUCUGGUUCAGCUUUACCUAUAAUUAAGUGGUGCCUAGAACAAGACUUCUCUCUGCCUCUUAGUGAUUAGGGUUAGUACUGCUGAUAAUUCUGGACAUAGAUGGCUGGAGAAUGAAGAGGAAGCAUUUAAGUUACUUAAACCAGUUCAGAUCAGUGAACUUACCUGUGAAGGACUUGGGCUGCUGCACUCAGGUUGUGUUCGGUUGCCCAAAAUGUGUUAGCAAGCAACACAGGUGUCUGUUCAUGGAAUGCCUGUUGAGCUUGUUUCUGCCCUGAGCUCUAGUUCUAUUUUCAGUGUGCCAUCAGUAAUUAGUUACAGCAAGGGAAAAACCAUCCAGUUAAAGAGUCUCUUCAAAUGACAGUUGAUGGGUGGCCUGAGUAUUCCCAGGGCAUGGUAGCUGUGCUCUGCACUGCAGUAAAUGUACAGGGAAAAGACCCAGUCCAGAUCUUUCUCUCCUGCAGAUGCUGUGGGGGGGAUGAAUAUUGGUUAGAAUUGCCCUUACACUGGAGAUGAACUCUGUAGUGCCAUGACAGCCAUGGUGUUGGGCCUUUUUUGAAGUCUUCUCCAUGGAUCAGUGAUCUGUAGAGAGCUGGGGUUUCAUGGUACAGUAAUACCAUGUUUCCCAUUUUCCUUAUUUCCUCCCUGCACUACGUGUGCAUCUGCACAAUUUGUAGUUGUAAUAAAGCAGAGUGGUCACGGGGGCCCUUUUGGUCGGUCCCUUUGAUAGCUUCUUGCCCUGGCACUUGGUGUGUCUGUCAGUUCACAGGAACCUACUCUCUUUUCAAUAGGCCUGUCAUGCCUCAUUCCCUUCCCCCCAGUUUUUUCAACAAAGCAAAACGGAACUUUGUACCAUCUGAAUGAACUUCAAAGUGGCUAGAAAGGGCACCCUGGGUUCCUGGCACUUGUCAUUGUCUCCCUGCCUGGCCAACAUUUCCCUUCAGGUCUAAUUACUUCCAAAUGCUCACAGAAUGCUUUGAAGAAACUUGGAGGGAGGGAGAGGCAUGAAAGAAAGGUAGAAGAGGGAGAUUCAAAGCAGAAGGAGCACAGAAUGCUUUACCAGGAAGGUUGAUUGAUGUCUUAUAUGACACCCAAACAUAAACAGGGAACGUGUGCGGCCACUGGCAACAGGAAUGCAAGAGCACUGUGUGCAGCUCCUGUCCUAAAUCCUCCCUGUGGAAAGCAAGCCCUUCUGCCACUUGAUAGGCUAUAAAAGACAUACCACAGCAAACCAAAAAAACAGUCAAAUAAUAUUUAAAGUUUAUUACUGUUUAGUGGAUUAAGUGAGCCUAUGCUGCAUAGGACUGUUGGUAUCUUGGUUCAAGUGCUGUAUCAGGCUUAUUCAUGUUACACAAAUCAGAGGUAGGCAGUAGCUGGAGCUGCCUUGCUGAAUUUAUACAGGAUAUCUGUGGGGAAACCAGGAGCCAUUGCUAAUGACAGGUGGUGAAAUACUUCUGCUGGUGUUUUUGGUUUCCAGGAUUAGAAUAUGCAGAAGCAGUGUGGUUGGGAGGAAGUUGCAGUGUGCCUUCAGAUGCGCUAGUCCUUGUUUUUUGAAGAGCACAGGUGACAUCAAAUAGUACAAUCUGCUUAACUGAUUUGCUUAGCUGUUGUAAUUAUGUCAGUUUUUGUAAAGGGUUAGCACUAUAAGUAUCCCCUGCAAGUACAUGACAUGGCAAAACAGGUUUAGGGACACAAGCAGCAAUAUCAGUAUUCCUGGGGCGGUUUCAUGGCUUAAGUGUAGGGGUUUUACACUGCUGACUGUGUUCCCUCAGGCAGUUCUGCCCAUGCUUGUCCCUUGUGUAAUUUAGCUGUGCAUCAAAUCCAGUUCAACCACAAGAAUGAAAAAUUGCUACCUUCAACAGCUAGACAAGAGGUGUUAUUCCCUUUCCUGAUACAUAGAGUUAAUUUUAGCUGCUGCUGCUAUUCAAUUGCUGCUUUACUGUGAACGUCCACAUCAGCAGUUCUCUGUGUGUCAGGGAAGGGAACUUGAGCAUUUUUAGGGCAGCAACUUGGGGACUGCUGUUUCAGUAGCAGUCAGAGUGGAAGCAGAGAUGAGGAUCUGAAAUCUGGAAAAGGCAAGGAAGUAGGAGUAAAUUCUUUAAGGGGGACAGGACAUCCCCACAUUUAAAACAGAGGGCUCUUCACUAAGGUACUUGCUACAAGGAUUCCUGCCCUGCCAAAGAAUAGCACCUGCAGAUACCUGAUGAACUGGUUUUGUUUCAGUACCACUGCUGCUAUAGUAGCUGAACUCAUUCCUGGGGUUUUAGGGCAGUCAAAGGUAGUAUCACUUGUUUUUUUGGUUUUUUUUUUUUGCUAUUGCCUUUUUUUUACCAGUGGUUGUGGGGCUGAAGGCUGAACUAGGUCAGUUCCUUCAUUGCAUGUGUUGUACAGCUGAACAGUUGUCUCACUGAGAAGCUGCAGUGCUGAGGGCUGGGUACUGCCACCAAAAUGUGUAUUAAAACUACAGGUUUUGUGAGGUUUCCAAGUGCUUGGUGUCCUGAGGGAGGGAUGACCCAAAUAGCUCCUAGCUCAAAGUGCACAGUGAGCCCCUCUGAGCCUCUGCCUGUCACAGCUGUAGCUGAGAAAAAGACUGCUCACUACUGCUGAUCCUGCAGUAAGUCAGCAAGCGGGCAGGCCCGGGAAAGAAAGCUCUUUUCCGUGCAGCCAGCCGUGCAUUUCCCAGCAAAGCCAGCUGGGUUGUGUGAGUCCUGCCCACAUGUGUAAGGUUUCUUAUUUCACAGUGGGCCCCCCCGCUGCCAGAGGGGCCAGGCUGUCCCGUGAUGUGGGAUUCUCACACAUGCUGUUUGUUAUUUUGUCCUUUUUUCCUUUCGUCCUACAAAGAUUUAGGGAAGAGGGUGGGUGAGGGGAAGACUCUGCAAGUCUUUGAAGCAACUUGACUUUUGAUGAUGAAUUGCAGCAAAGAGCCUACAUAAGGAAGGGAGACUUGUUUUCAACUUACUGAUGUCUCUUUGUGAGAACAAAUUU